UGGUCAGGCCCCGCCCCCCGCUGUGAUGUCGUCAGCGGCUUGGAGGAAGACCCGUGGGGUUUUUGGGUUUUGGCGUCCAGUCCUGUGGGGCCGCAGGGCUGAGAGUUUCUCCUCCGCUCCUCAUCCCUCCAUCAUCAGCCUGCUUCUCCUUCUCUCUCCUCUCCUCUCUCCUCCUCUCCUCCUCUCUUUGGGGAAAAGAAAAAAGACACUUUGCUUGCGCUCGAUUCGCUGUCCGGACCCGGCUCUCUUUUCCCCCCGUUUUCUCGUCCUCUGAGGAUUUUAUUUCUCUUUUCCUUUUUUUCUCCUCCUCUUCCUCCUUUCUUUCACGCCGGGUUUCAACAUGACGGCCGAGACUGAGAAUUUUUAAAAUAUCCCUAAAAACUCGGAGGAUUUUUUCUGUCCUGAGUAAAAGUUUAAUUAAAUCUGACUAACAGAGACAAAGUUCAGCAGAAUAAUAAAAGUCCUGCUGAACUUCUUCUUCUCCUUCUUCUCCUUCCCUCUUUCUUCUUAUUUCCUCCUUGCCGAUUGGUUUCUGACUUCGAGGUUUAAUGUUCGUGACGAAAUUGUCGACCGACCAGAAGAACAAGCUUUCGUCUGUCCAGCAGAGCUGAGGGGUUUUUUUUUCUGCUGGACUUUUCUUCUUCCUGUUUUUCAUCGUGUUGCAUUGUUUUUGUGGUCGUCCGGCAGCGGCGGCAGUGACGGUCAGAGAGUUGGGGCCCCGGAGAUGUUCGGGAUCCAGGACAAUCUGCCCCGUGGGGCCACAGCCAGCAUGAAGGAGGAGCCGCUGGCUGUUCGCUCCUGGAUGCACUCGGCCGGCGUGGUGGAUGCCAACACAGCCGCUCAGAGCGGGGUGGGGUUAGCUCGUGCUCACUUUGAGAAGCAGCCACCCUCCAAUCUGAGGAAGUCCAACUUCUUCCACUUUGUGUUGGCAUUGUACGACCGCCAGGGUCAGCCGGUCGAGAUCGAACGCACCGCCUACGUGGACUUCGUGGAGAAAGAGAAGGAACCAACAGGAGAGAAAACCAACAACGGGAUUCAUUACAAACUGCAGCUGCUCUACAGUAACGGAGUAAGAACGGAGCAGGAUCUGUACGUCCGACUGAUCGACUCCAUGACCAAACAGGCGAUCAUCUAUGAAGGUCAGGACAAGAAUCCAGAGAUGUGCCGAGUUCUGCUGACACAUGAGAUCAUGUGCAGUCGCUGCUGUGAUAAGAAGAGCUGUGGAAACAGAAAUGAGACACCAUCAGACCCCGUCAUCAUCGACAGGUUCUUCUUGAAGUUCUUCCUGAAGUGUAACCAGAACUGUCUGAAAAACGCUGGAAACCCACGAGACAUGAGGAGAUUCCAGGUGGUGGUGUCUACAACAGUCAACGUGGAUGGUCACGUCCUCGCCGUCUCCGACAACAUGUUCGUACACAACAACUCCAAACAUGGUCGCCGUGCGAGGAGACUCGACCCAUCUGAAGCAGCCACUCCCUGCAUUAAAGCCAUCAGUCCCAGUGAGGGCUGGACGACGGGCGGAGCAACCGUCAUCCUGAUCGGAGACAACUUCUUCGACGGCCUUCAGGUUGUCUUCGGCACAAUGCUGGUGUGGAGCGAGCUGAUCACACCUCACGCCAUCCGGGUCCAGACUCCGCCCCGUCACAUCCCCGGGGUCGUGGAGGUCACACUGUCGUACAAAUCCAAACAGUUCUGUAAAGGAGCUCCGGGACGCUUUGUCUACACAGCCUUAAAUGAGCCCACCAUAGAUUACGGCUUCCAGAGGUUACAGAAGGUCAUUCCUCGUCACCCCGGAGACCCAGAGAGACUGCCCAAGGAGGUGCUGUUGAAGAGAGCAGCUGACCUGGUGGAGGCGCUCUAUGGGAUGCCACAUAACAACCAGGAGAUCAUCCUGAAGAGGGCGGCUGACAUCGCAGAGGCUCUGUACAGCGUUCCCAGAAACCACAACCAAAUCCCAUCGCUAGGCAACACUGCCUCCCAUGGCAUGAUGGGAGUUAACUCCUUCAGUGGACAGCUGGCCGUCAACGUUUCAGAGACAACGCAAGUUGGCUACAGUCGUAACACCAGCAGUGUGUCGCCGCGGGGAUACGUCCCAAGCUCCACCCCCCAACAGAGUAACUAUGGCAACACAGUAAGCAACAGCAUGAAUGGCUACGGCAACACCGGCAUGCCAAACCUGGGAGUGGCAACAUCCCCGGGUUUCCUCAAUGGGUCGUCUGCAAACUCUCCCUACGGCAGUAAGUAUCAAGUUGUCCCCUCCAGUCCGACUAUGGCAGUGUCCAACUGUAACUCCUCUCAUGGAGUCUUUUCCUUCUCUGCUGCCGUCAAACAGAAGAGCGCCUUUGCUCCCGUUGUCCGACCGUCAGCUUCACCUCCUCCUCCACCAAACUGCUCCGCCAAUAACUCCAAUGGGUUGCAAGCCAUGUCCGGCCUUGUUGUCCCUCCGAUGUAAGACCCCUCCCCUGGUUCCUCUUCUCUCUCCUCCCCCUUGGCCAAGACCACCAAUCACCUCAGAGGAGGAGCUUCAAUGAACAGGACUUUUUGUACAGAGGUUUUUUCCAGGUGCUUUCAGCUCUGUAAUUAUUCUGCUGUUUACUCUGGGGGGCGGGGUCUGUGAUGUCACACCUGUGAUGUGACAUCACUUCCUCUACAUUAAAGGCCUUAGAUUACAGAAAAUUUAGAGACACUAAAAAGAUAUGGUUGACAUCUGGUUGCCGUGGUUACCACUGUGCUGACGAGUAGGUGAAGUUGUCUUCCUGUCAGAUGAUAAAUACCUCAGCAAACACCUGCACACACCUGACUCCAGGUGACGUUCAGUGAGGGAGGACAAACAGGAAGUGUCUUCACACAAAGCAGGACUUCCCAUCAGGGUUUGAAUCAGAUACAACAAACAGGCUGUGAUUGGUUUUCAGGUCUGACCAGAGUUCACACUGAAGUUCACCCAUCAGCAAGAGUCCUACUGAGGGACCAAGGAAGGAAUGAAGGAUGGAAUGAAGGAAGUUAGGAGACAAGAAAGAAGGGUAGGAAACUAGUUAGUGAGCAAAGAGGAGGGAAGAAAGGAACAAGAAUGAGAUGUGUUUCCUACAGGAAGUGAGUAAGACGUGAACUUCCUGUUAGAGAGCGAGGAAGGUUCCAUCAGAGGAUGAUGGUGCGUUUGUGUCACAUCAGAGUUAUCGUAAUUUUCCACUUUGUAAAUAUUGUUCAUCAACUUCAUGUUACUGAACUCUGACAUCAUUCACUGAAGACACACCUACAUGUAGCAGGUUUCAUGAUGUCAUAGCUCAGUCUCUAUCAUCAGUCCAUGUCACUAUGAGGACCUGAACGCAGCGUCAUUCACCUGAUUGGCUCUCCUCACUGUGACAUCAUUCCAGGUCGUUUACCUCUGCUACUGUCGGCCAAUCAGAGUCCAGCAGUAAUUUUUAAUUUGGGGCCUUUAAUCGUUUUAAUCGACCUCAUGAUGAUGAUGAUGAUGAUGAUGAUGAUGUGAAGACAUCAACUAAAAGAAAAUAGUAAAUGAAAAUUGUCUUUCUCCCCUUCCUGACCCCACCCCUUCAUUCCUUUAGCCCCGCCCCCACCUGUCUGUGUUUUCUUUUAAUGCUCGCACUGUAGAAUCCUGCAUCCUGAUAGGCUACUGUAACUGUCCGUCGUCUUUGUUCAGAGUUGUCUUUUUGAUCAUAGCCCCUCCCACUACUCUCCAAGCUCCGCCCCAAGCACUUGAGCCCCGCCCCCUGUCUUCUGUGUGGGUUUAGUGAUUAGAUUGAGUGUUUCACUGAGGAAACUCUUUUGUAUCAUACAGAUUAUAAAUAUUGUAUUUAUAUCUUUGUAUAAAUGUCGUCAUGUUCAGACGUGUUUGUGUGUGUCUAUGGUGAAACAAACUUUGUUUUGUAUCAAAAGAAAAGUGUCUUCACACAUUUAUAGAGCUGUCAAUCAAAGCUGACGUGUCCAAUCAGCUCCACUCGUUCUGCUUCUGUUGUUUUAAAGAUGUUUGACUGUAACGACUCCUCACAUUGAAUAAAGUCACGUCUCUGA